AUGCUGAACAUCUUCCAGGACUCCCCCGAGUACAAUAAACGCAAAGAGACUCCAUUCCUGCCCUCAAAGGUUACUUUAGCAGAGAUCCGUGCCUCAGUACCAAAGCACUUGUACAACAAGUCCACAGUUAAAUCGCUCCUCUAUGUCGCCAGGGACAUAUCAUGCGGUUUGGUGGCCUACAAGCUAGCACUUCUCAUUCAGCCCUUUAGCCAGGCUCUGCUGCUGAAGGGACUGGACUGGACCAUCGUUCGUCUCAUCAAAUUUGCUCUGUGGGCUACAUACUGGCAUUGGCAAGGGGUCAUUUUCGCUGGCUUGUGGUGCCUGGGCCACGAAGCAGGGCACGGCACCAUGUCUCCUUAUGGCUGGGUGAACCAUGCGAUCGGGUACUCGCUUCAUACAUUCCUUCUGGUACCUUACUAUGCUUGGAGAUCCACGCACCACGCACACCACAAAGCAACCAGUUCCGUCGAGCGUGAUGAGAACUACGUCCCGAGGACGCGCACGGAUUACGGCCUACCGCCAGCACACAAGGCGCAGGCCCGAGAUUACCAUGAAAUAUUCGAAGAGACCCCGAUCUACACUCUCUUACGCAUGUUGGCUAUGCAAGCUCUUGGCUGGCAGUUUUACUUGUUCACUAACGCCAUGGGUUCUCCGAGCUACCCCAAAGGAACAAAUCACUUCCUUCCAUCAUCGCCACUUUUCAAGCCGCAUGAGCGAAACGAUAUCAUUGCGUCUAACAUAGGCCUCGCUACGAUGUCUACGGUUCUAUGGAUCUACACCAGCAACGUCGGACUAUCUACAUUCAUUAAAAUAUAUUUCAUUCCGUAUUUGCUCGCCAACCACUGGAUAGUCAUGUUGACGUACCUGCAUCACUCAGACCCGACCAUCCCUCAUUUCAGAAAUAAAGAAUGGUCCUUCCUCCGCGGCGCCCUUGCGACAGUUGACCGGCCGCUUCUAGGUUGGGCGGGACGAUUCUUCUUGCACAACGUCAGCCACGAUCACAUCGGUCACCACCUCUUUUCUACGAUUCCCUUUUACAACCAACCUCAAGUCACGGAGCAUAUUAAGCGAGUCUUGAAAGAAGACUAUAAUUACGAUUCUACGAACACCUUCCGCGCGCUGUACAGGACGUUCACACAGUGCUGCUUUAUUGAAGAUGAUGGUGACAUCGUGUUCUAUAAGAAUAAAGACGGCGAGUCGGCACGGGCACUUGCUAAAUCCAUGGCCAAGUAA